AUGGUAUCUGAAAAACCCAUCAUUAUCCCAGAACUUCUUAAGGAGCUUGUUUACAAGGAAAUUGAAAACAGUAACAUUUUCAAAGGAAAGACUUCAGAACGCAGUAAACUUGCUCAAAAAUGCUAUUUGACUUCUUUGAAACUUAUUAAGUCUCAUAUUGUUUCUGGGGUGAAAGAGUCCAACUUUGAGAAUCCUCUAGAAGAUGCUCAUGAGUUACUUUUAAGCAAAGGAAGAUCUACUCAAAUACACAAACUUAACAGACUCUACGAAAAACUUUCAAAUCUGUGUCUUGCGAUCCCAGAACUCAAUUAUUUAUCAAAAAAUCAAAACUCUAACUCUUUGUCUAGAAACCAAAAUACUAAUUUUCAAGAUAAAAUCCUAAGACUCUUACUUCCAUUGUUCGAUACCGGAUCACGAGACAAGUAUGAUCAGGAGAAUCUUGGUAACUCUAUUCAUAAUUUAAAUCCAACAAAAGAUUUGCAACAAUCAGUUAGUCCUGUUUUAAGCAGAUUUAGAGAACCUAAUACACCAUUAGCCUCAGGUUCAUCCUCAUCAUUGGGUAAUGAUGAAUUUGCAAUUCAAACAAGAAAUAGUUCCAAUGAUCAUGCUCUCACUUCCGUCUAUAACGAAGUUAUUAGUAGUAAUAGUAAUGGUAACAGUAUUAACAAUAGCUUGGAAGUAUACAAGGAAGAGUUCGGUAUGAUUGAAAGCAAUGAUAGCUACUCUGUUCCUCUAUUUGUUUUGGAAAAAUGCCUGCUUUCACCCACACAAGAACUUGCUCUAGUGCACGAUAUCCUUUAUGCUCUACAGGGAUUCGAGGCUCAGUUUGUUAAAUAUGACAUCUCCACAGACUCCUAUAUCCUAAAUCCUUCAGUAUACUCUCUGGAAACCACUAGAGAAAUUGUAACUGAAAUCUGCCACUUUGGAACAAUAUAUAAAAGAAUGACUAAAAUCAUAAACUACUACAAACAAGAGCUGGAAAAUUCUUACCUUAAAGAAAGAUCCAUGUUAACAAAAACAUUAAUCGAAUUCACUCAAGAUCUACUUUCUGAAUACUCCCAGUUCAUUGUUAGUCAGCAAAAUGAAGUGCAAGAUUCCAUGAUUGCACUCUCUAAACUAGACCCCGGGGUAAACCCAAAUCUAGAACUCCUCAGGUCCAAUAAGCCAAUGCUCACUUUAAGAAAGUUACUAAACAGAGUCAAUGACCAAUACUACAAAAAAGAAAGAAUUUUCGCCAUUUUAGAAGGUUUAUUUGGACAAACUAGCUCUUCUAUUAUUUCAUGUUUAAAUAUUCAUCGAAAUAAUGGAAACCAAUAUCAAGAAAAAGUUUUUGAAAACUUAUUUCAUAAGUGUACAUCAGUUUGGCUUCAAGAUCUAAAUAUGAUCUUGAGACACGGUACCACAAGAAGAUACCCAUAUGAUCUUGAAUCCAAUCAAAGAUCAAAAACGGUGAUAGAUUUUGAGAGUAAGUUAGGUGAAUUUUUCAUCAAAGGAAACCUUCAGGAAGGGAUUAAAAUAGAUGAGAGUCGAGUACCAAAUUUUUUGUUAAUAGAGACAGCUCAUCAAAUUACACAUAUUUCUGAGACUAGGAUCAUUCUUAAGGCGUUUUUACCACAGGAUGAAGAUGCAAAGCUCGCAGAGGAGCUUGGAAUUCCUGAGAUCACUUCAGAAAUGGUUUCCGAUUUGAAUAGAAUCCCUCUAGACUCAACUCUGAAUAGUAUUCAAAGCAAGUUGGAUCUCAAACUCAAGGAGCUCAUAAUUGAUGAGGGAUCUUUAAUAUCCCGUCUCAAGAUCAUUAGAGAUUACCUAAUAUGUUUUAAUGGUGACUUUUCAGAUUUAUUAAUUAGAAAUAUGGAAAAUGAACUGGAUAAACCUUCAGAAUCUGUUUCUCUUCAAAAUCUCGAAGAAAUUUUUGAAAGUACUAAAAGAUCCUGUUCAAAAUUUGAUUUUCAAGACAAUUUUCAGGUUUCUUUAUUAGAUGAUCAGUUAUAUAAUAAACCAGGAAGUUGUGGAUGGGAUAUUUUUACUUUGGAUUUUCUUCUACCUGAAAGAACUAAUCUUUCUUUAAUUCUGACAACAAACCAAUUAAAGAGAUACAAAAGGAUCUUUAGAACCGUUUGGAAACUUAAACAUGUAAUACAUAAACUCAAUUCUACUUGGGUUCAACUCGUUAAAUAUCUCCGUCAAAACGAACUCUGCAUACCCUCAGACACCAUUGAUAUUUCUCUUCUCAGACAGUCCAGUUGUUUCAUUAGAAGUCUUAUUAUCACGCUGAACACUAUUCAAAACCUCCUUUCGUUCAGUUCCAUUAGCUAUCUUUGGUCAUCACUUGAAAACCUUCUCCCCAAAGCCUCCAAUGUCUACAAAAUGCAAGAUUUACACAACACUUACAUUUCUUAUAUAGAGUCUAACCUUUUUAUCUCUUCUUCCUCAUCCUCCUCCUCCUCCUCCUCCCCCUCCUCACAAGAACAGAAACUCACACAAGAUCUCUAUCUCUGUCUUGACCUUUUAUUUGAGUCAUCUCUCUUCCUUUGCAAAGUCAUCAAAACCAUACUAAACAAUUUGCUUAUUCAUGAAAAUGAUCACGAAAAUGAUUCGAGACAGAUGCAUUCUUUUGAGACGAAUAAUAUUAUUCUGUCUCUUGGAGACGAAAUCUAUGAAUCCAGCAAUAAUUUCAAGAAUUAUUUCAAAUCUUUCCAUACAAAUCUUAGUUUGUUAAUUCAGCUUAAACAUGAUUGUCUUCACUACAGCCCACUCCUUCAUUUCCAAAUCAAUCUUUUCGAGUCACUCCUGGAGCAGCUCACGCUUCAUUUUAAAUUCUUAGAUUAA